GAUCAUAUUGACACUACAGUUGCUUUGUAUUGAAACCGUCUGGAUUUAUUUCAGAGAUGUAUUACUAGUAUUUGGACCGUAUUCUUUUGAUUUGUAGAUUAUGUUCUCGUGACUACGUUGUGUUUACGUGUGCGUAGAUCUGAGGGCGUCUCCUGAGCAACUAAGACAAGGCUGCCACAAAGUAGCCCACUUUAGUUACAAUUCUUUGCACAAUCAACCGGAGUUACCAGCUGAGAUGAUCCACAGUCUAUUCCUUAUCAAUCACUCUGGAGACAUCUUCCUGGAGAAACACUGGAAGAGUGUCGUCAGCCACAGUGUGUGUGACUACUUUUUCGAGGCCAAGGAGAAGGCGGUGGACCCGGAGGAUGUGCCCCCUGUCCUGCAGACCCCCCACCACUAUCUAAUCACAGUACACAGGGACCAGCUCUUCUUCCUCUCUGUGGUCCAGACUGAAGUCCCUCCACUGUUUGUCAUUGAGUUCCUCCACAGAGUGGCAGACACAUUUCAGGACUACUUUGGAGAGUGCUCAGAAAGUGUAAUCAAGGACAAUGUGGUGACAGUGUACGAGCUGUUGGAGGAGAUGCUGGACAACGGCUUUCCACUAGCAACAGAGUCCAACAUCCUCAAAGAGCUGAUCAGGCCUCCCACCAUCCUGCGAUCAGUUGUCAACACACUCACAGGAAGUAGUAAUGUUGGAGAUACAUUACCAACAGGUCAACUGUCUACAGUCCCAUGGAGGCGGGCUGAUGUUAAAUACACCAACAAUGAGGCAUAUUUUGAUGUGAUCGAGGAAAUAGAUGCCAUUCUGGACAAAUCAGGUACAACAGUGUUUGCAGAGAUCCAGGGUGUAAUUGAAGCCUGUGUGAGGCUCACUGGGAUGCCUGACCUGACUAUGUCCUUUAUGAAUCCCCGUCUUCUCGAUGACGUGAGUUUCCACCCGUGUGUGCGGUUUAAGCGCUGGGAGUCAGAGCGCACUCUCUCUUUCAUCCCGCCAGAUGGACAUUUCACACUCAUGAACUAUCAUGUCAGCUCUCAAAAUCCCGUGGCCAUUCCAGUGUACGUGAAGCAGAACAUCAGUUUCUUUGAGUCAGGACCUUGUGGUCGCCUGGACAUCACGAUCGGACCCAAGCAGACCAUGGGAAAAACGGUGGAGGCUUUAAUGGUCAAAAUCCACAUGCCUAAAGCUGUGCUCAGUGCCAACCUCACAGCCACACAGGGAAACUACACCUACGACCUCCCUAACAAGCUGUUGAUUUGGGACAUUGGGAAACUGAACCCCCAGAAGCUCCCGAACUUGAAAGGCAUUCUGAGUCUGCAGGCAGGAGCUGCCAAACCUGAAGAUAACCCAUCACUCAACAUUGACCUAAGGAUCCAGCAGGUGGCCAUAUCAGGUAGUCCUCGCUUUGUAUCUACUUAUAACUGGGCCACAGUUUUCAGUCAUUGCUCAAUUUGCUUCUCUCCCCUCUGUACAGGGCUUAAGGUGAGUCGUCUUGAAAUGUUUGGAGAGAAGUACAAGCCAUUUAAAGGGGUCAAGUAUGUGACUAAAGCGGGGAAAUUUCAAGUGCGGACCUGAGUAAUGACUGUUUGAGGUUAAAAGUCAGCAAACCAAUGUGCCAAAUAGGGGGCAAUAUUAUAAAUAUUCCAAUAUGUCAUAUAUAUCCUCUGGCUCAUUGUUAUUAAUACACAGUUAUUUAUGAUGUGGCCUGUAAAGGGAAGCCUUAAUAACCAAUGUGAAUCUGUCCAGUUCAAAUAUGCAGCAUUGUAUGAACCAUUCCUUCUCUCUUUUUGGACUAUUUUCUUUUUCUUUUUUACCACCUUCUGAGUCUUGCCCAAAAGAAAUAUUUUGGUUUGAAAAGGGACACUCGGGGCUCACCACCUCAUCCUCGAUACUUCAUCACACCUUUCUAAUCUUCAUGUUGCCUGAGAGUGAGCAGCUGUGCCUUUUGAAAGCCUUUUUACUAAGUAUCUGUAUUGUGUUCUUGCUUACAUUCACUCUUUAAUGUGGUCUUAGUUAGGGUGCUUUGUAAAGCACACUACACAAAUUGCAUAUUUCAGAGGCCUACGGGUAAAUACAUUUUUUAAAUAUUUAUCUAUAGCUAAUCUACAUAGUUUGACUUAUCUGUAAAGCCAAGAUGCAUCUUUUGGGAACAGUUUUCUCUUUUGUGAAAUCUAAAAAAACCUUGAAUGCAACAUCUUUACUUCGCAAUAUUUGCACAAUCAAUUGUUAACAGAAAAAAAAGACUCCUUGUAUGAAGUUGAAUCUUUAUUUUAAUGAAUACAAAGUUUUCUUAAAGUUCAAUAAUGAUGAUUUUCAUGUGUGCUCUUUUGACCAUGCUAGCUGUAUGGCUACUUUUUUGGUUUACUAAACUAAUAAAAUUCCCAUUAGCCUCA